AUGUCUACCGUCAACAUCAUGAACAUGUUGCUCGACAAGAAGGAUGAAGAGAGCCUCGAGUGCUUAUGCAAGCUGCUCACCACCGUUGGAAAAGACUUGGAAAAUGAGAACGUGUCUCUGGAGCCCAUUUUUAAGAGUAUGCGCGAUAUCGUCAAGCGGCGCACCAUCGAAGUGAGCUCGCGCGUGCAACUCAUGCUGCAAGAUCUGCGCAGCGCCAACUGGAUGCCGCAAAAACAUGACGUCAACCCCAAGAUUCAGGCCCAGGACACCAACGAAAACACCACCUUCAGCGCCUCAAGCAAAGAUGCAGUCCCGAAGACAAUCAGCAGAAACGAGAAGGUCGACCUUGAGAGCUUGGUCAAGAACAAACCGCCUCCAAAGGUUUGGGCGGCCCCUCAAGCCAAACUCCUCGCAUCAUCUUUGGAGGACAAAUCCCCCAACAAACCGUUGGUCCAGGUCAAAGCCAAAGAGACCAACGCCGAAAACCUCAAAUACGAAGACGGCCAAUGGCCGCCCUUCAACAGAGACGGCAAGAAAGUCUACAACAAAGAAUUCCUGUUCAGCCUGAGGGAAAAGCCCAACGACAUUUGCAACUACAACAGCAAGAACAACGUGAGGGACGACGGGUGGAUCCAGACGGGGAGGAACCACCGCGCGCAGCAGCACUUCAGCGUGCAGAGCGACAAGCUGAAGAGCAAGCCGCCGCAGAUGGAGGAGAUGUCGCUUGGUAGCCCCAACUUGUUCAACACCUGGGGAAAAGGUUCUAAACUUAAACUUGGGGUAGCUCCACCAAUGGGAGCGCAAUCGAACAACAUCUACGACGUGCUGGAAAAAGCGAGCGAAAGCGAUUCGUACACGCAAGAGAAGAAAUCCGGCGGCUGCAACAGAUGCGACGCCUACCACUCGAAAGGCCACGUGGCCUUUAGGCAGCACUGGGGCCCCCCUCAGCUGAAGCAGCAGCAACCGGCCGCUCCUCUGCCCGCCGCCGUGGAAUCCUUCGUCAGAGACUUUAAAUUGGAGUUCCUAAAUGAUGCCACCAACGACCAAAUUCAGACCAAACUAACCGAAUUCUUUAUCAACAAAAGUAAUGUUGAAGAAAUUUCCAGGUGGAUAGAUGCUAAUGUGGGGGACAGGGUGAAAGAAGACAAAUUCAUCCGCGCCCUGGUGACCGCCAUUCUCAAGGACAGCAUCAAAAAGGAUUCUCUUAGCGUGGAAAUCUUCCACCGUCAUUUGGUGCUGCUGCAAAAGUACAUCGACAACAAUUUUGACUCUGAGCUUCAAUCUCUCUACGCAAUGCAGAGCCUUGUCAACGAGAUGGAACAUCCGAAAGGUCUUUUGUUAUCGAUAGUAAAUAAUUUGUACGAGUCUUUUGCGAUUUCUCUGGAAGGGUUCUUGGCUUGGGAAGCCAGCAGCGAUCCUGCCGAGCAGGCUGGAAAAGGUGAGGCCAUGAAGCAGCUGAACCAGUUUCUGACUGAACUGAAAGAGACCAGGAAGACUAGAAUUCGGACGGCAAGGCAACCUAACAAAACAAAAUGA